AUUUACUGUAGAACUUUCUAUUUUCAGAAAAUUUUCACCAUAUCUGCUUUGGUUUCUGAAUAGCAGCAGAAGCAUCAUCAUGGCUGCAAAGGAACAGAAGUUUGAAAGGCUUGAGGAUUUGAGAUCAGAUUCAUCUGUGAGUAUUGAGAAGAAUGAUUCAGCUAGUCAUGAAUUCAACAAAAGAUUGGUUACUAAGAGAAAAGUUCUUAAUCCACAUGAGCCACUACUUCAGAAAUGGAACAAAAUAUUUGUGAUCACAUGUGUCAUGGCAAUCUUUGUGGACCCUCUUUUCUUUUACAUCUCAGUUAUCAAUGACAAGGGAAAAUGCCUCAAAUUGGAUGAAACACUGAAGAUCACCACAUGUGUCCUUCGCACAUUCUUUGAUCUUUUAUAUGUUCUUCGUAUCAUCUUUCAGUUUAGAACUGGGUUUAUUGCCCCUUCUUCUCGAGUGUUCGGAAGGGGUGAGUUAAUUGAUGACAGUAUUGCUAUAAUGAAAAGAUACUUAACUUCAAAUUUCAUCAUUGACAUUCUAUCAAUUAUUCCACUUCCACAGAUGAUCAUCUUACCUAUCAUACCAGUUCCAAAACGCACUCUUCCAUAUCUGGCUCAGAAUAUGCUGAAGUACACAAUAAUUGUUCAGUAUGUGCCAAGGCUUCUGCGGCUUUAUCUACUACUCAAAGAAAUAACCAACGCUUUUGGCACACUGACUGAGACGGCAUGGGUUGGAGCUGCUUAUAAUCUUCUUCUCUGUAUGCUAGCAAGUCAUGUAGUUGGAGCUUUUUGGUAUCUGUUUUCGGUGGAAUCAGAGGUCCGGUGUUGGCACACAAAGUUGAAGCACACUAAAUUCUCUGCUGAGUCCUACCUUAGCUGUGGACAACACUACAAACAAGAUGUUUUAUCACUUUUGAACAGUUCAAACACUUGCCCUUACAUUGAUAUUGAUCCUCAAAACAGCAAAGACCCAACAGUUUUCGAUUUCGGGAUAUUUACACCAGCUCUGAAGUCUCAUGUGGUAGAAUCAACUACAGGUUUUACUCAGAAGUUCUUCUUCUGCUUUUGGUGGGGUUUGCGCAAUUUAAGUUCUCUUGGGCAAAAUCUCCUGGGUAGUACUUACAUUUGGGAGAAUAUCUUUGCUAUCUUUAUUGCGAUCUUUGGAUUGGUUCUGUUCUCAUCACUAAUAGGAAACAUGCAGAAAUAUCUACAAUCUACAAGCAUAAGUGUUGAAGAGAUGAGAUUUGAAGAGAUGAAAAUCAAAAGGAGGGAGGUAGAGCACUGGAUGUCCUACAGAAUGAUACCUAGCUCCUUGAAGGAAAGAAUCAGAAGGUAUGAUAAAUACAAAUGGCAACAAAAUAGGGGUGUUGAGGAGGAAGCAUUAACUGGAAGCUUCCCUAAAGAUCUCAGAAGGGACAUAAAGCGCCAUAUUUGCUUGCGGUUAAUUAGAAGAGUGCCAAUGCUUGAGGCCAUGAACAACCAGUUAUUGGAUGCAAUGUGUAUUAGAAUGAAGCCAUUCCUUUAUACAGAAGACAGCUACAUUGUUUGUGAAGGAGAUCCGGUCGAAGAAAUCCUCUUCAUUAUGGAUGGAAGCCUUGCUUCUGUAACAACAAAUGGAGGGAGAUCUAGUUUCUUCAACUGUUUUCUCAAGGCUGGUGACUUUUGUGGAGAAGAGCUUUUGGCAUGGGCCUUGGAUCCUAACUCCUCAAAUCUACCCAUUUCAACUAGAACAGUACAGACUUUGACAGGAGUUGAAGCCUUUGUUCUCAUGGCUGAUGACUUGAAGCUUGUUGCUAUUCAGUUUCAACGUCUUAUGAACAUCAAACAGCUCCAACACACUUUCAGGUUCUAUUCCCAUCAAUGGAGGACAUGGGCUGCAUGUUUCAUACAAGUAGCUUGGCGUCAGUACCAGAAAAAGAAGAUUAAGAAGGCAAUACAUGAAGCAGAACGUGGCAUACAAGCUUUUACAAGUAAGGAUGGGCUUGAUGAUGAGAGGUCAACAUCAUCAAAUGAUUCUACUGAUGUUGGAUUUCACAAUAGAAAACAUAAAUCAAGAGUAAGUCUAUCAAGUGAUGGACCAAUAAAAAAGGUGGUUACAAGGAUCAAAGUUCUUGACCCACAGGGAUCACUACUUCAGAAAUGGAACAAAAUUUUUGUGAUCACAAGUGUGAUGGCAAUAUCUGUUGACCCUUUCUUUUACAUCCCAGUGAUCAAUGACAGGGGGAAAUGCCUUAACUUGGAUAAAAAGCUAAAGAUUACUGCAUGUGUUCUUCGCACAUUCUUUGAUCUUUUCUAUGUUCUUCAUAUCAUCUUUCAGUUUAGAACUGGGUUUAUUGCUCCUUCUUCUCGCGUAUUUGUAAGGGGUAUGCUGGUUGAUGACACUGGUGCUAUAAUCAAAAGAUACUUAAGUUCACAUUUUUUCAUUGACAUUCUAUCAAUCAUUCCACUUCCACAGAUGGUCAUCUUAGCUAUUGUUCCAAUCCCAAGAUGCUCAGUUCCAUACAUGGUAAAGAAUUUGUUGAAGUACACAGUAAUAUCUCAGUAUGUACCAAGACUUCUGCGACUCUAUCAGUUAUUCAAAGAAGAAACAAAAACUUGGGGGGCAUUAACUGAGACAGCAUGGUUCGGAGCUGCUUAUAAUCUUCUUCUUUAUAUCGUUGCAAGUCAUGUAAUAGGAGCUUCAUGGUAUUUAUUGUCAGUAGAAUCGAAGGUUCGCUGUUGGCAGGGACAGUUGAAACAUACUAAUUUCUCUACCGAAUCCUACCUUAGCUGUGGACAAUACUAUAAGCAAGAUGUUCUAUCACUGCUGAAUAGUUCUAUUUCUUGCCCUUACAUUGAUACUGAAAACAACAUAGAUCCAACAGUUUUUGACUUUGGAAUAUUUACACCAGCUCUACAAUCUCGUGUGAUAGAAUCAACCACAGACUUCACUCAGAAGUUCUUCUUCUGCUUUUGGUGGGGUUUGCGCAAUCUAAUUGCUCUUGGGCAAACCCUCCUGUGUAGUACUUAUAUUUGGGAGAAUAUCUUUGCUAUCAUCAUAGCCAUCUUUGGGCUGGUUCUGUUCUGUUCACUUAUAGCAAACGUACAGAAAUAUCUACAAUCCGCAACUGUAAAAGUUGAAGACAUGAGAUUUGAGGAGAUUAAAUUCAAGAGGAGGGAUGUAGAGCGGUGGAUAUCCCACCGUAAGCUACCAAAAAACUUGAAGGAAAGAAUUAAAAGGUAUGAACAAUACAAAUGGCAAGAAAACAAGGGUCUUGAGGAGGAAGACUUAAUUGCAAACCUCCCCAAAGAUCUCCGAAGGGACAUAAAGCGUCAUCUUUGCUUGCACUUACUUAAAAAAGUGCCAAUGCUUGAGAAUGUGGACAAGAGGUUGUUGGAUGGCAUGUGUGAUAGACUGAAGCCAGUCCUUUACACGGAGAAGAGCAACAUUGUUUACAAAGGAGAUCUGAUUGAUGAAAUGAUCUUUAUUAUGAGUGGAAAACUUGCUAGUACCACAGCAAAUGAUGGAAGAUCUAGUUCUGUCAAAUCCUUGCUCUCGGCUGGUGACUUUUGUGGAGAAGAGCUUCUAACAUGGGCCUUGAGUCCUAACUCCUUAGAUCUACCAUUACCAAUUUCAACUAGAACAGUAGACACUAUAUCAGAAGUUGAAGCAUUUGCUCUAUUGGCUGAUGACUUGAAGUUUGUUGUAUCUCAAUUUCGAAAUCUUAUAAAUAGCAAACAACUCGAGCAAACUUUAAGGUUCUUCUCCCAGCAGUGGAGGACGUGGGCUGCAUGUAUGAUACAGGCAGCAUGGCGUCGAUACUUGCAAAAGAAGGCUGAGAGGGCCUCUUGUGAAGCACAAGAACUAGAUGCUUUUGCAAAUCAGGAUGGGCAUGCAUCUUCACCAAGCUCUGCUACAUCUGUAUAUGUAUCAAGGUUUGAGGAUCAGAGAUUAGAGUCAACUGCAAUAACUGAGAAGAGUGGUUGCAUUAGUGAGAAAUUUCUAAAAACAAAAGUUAAAUCAUGUUUGAGUCUAGCAAGUGAUGGACCAACCAUAAAGUUGACUAUUUGGAGCCAAGUUCUUGAUCCACAGGGGCCACUAUUUCAGAAAUGGAACAAAAUUUUUCUAAUCACAUGUGUGAUGGCAAUAUAUGUGGACCCUCUUUUCUUUUACCUCCCAGUGAUCAAUGACACAGAGAAAUGCCUUAGGUUGGAUGAAAAACUAAAGAUCACUGCUUGUGUUCUUCGCACACUCUUGGAUCUUUUAUACAUUCUUAGGAUCAUAAUUCAGUUUAGAGCAGGGUUUAUUGCACCUUCUUCAUGUAUGUUGGGAAGGGGUGAGCUGAUUGAUGAGACUACUACCACUGUGAAGAAAUACUUGCGUUCAGAUUUCAUUAUUGAUAUUCUAUCAAUUAUUCCACUUCCACAGGUGGUCAUCUUAGCCGUAAUUCCAAUCCCAAAUUGUUCAGUUCCAUAUGUAGCAAAGAACUUGUUGAAGUACACAAUAAUAGCUCAAUAUGUGCCAAGACUUCUCCGAUCCUAUCAACUAUUCAAAGAAGUAACAGGAACCUCUGGGAUAUUGACUCAGACAUGGACUGGAGCUGUUUAUAAUCUUUUUCUCUAUAUGUUAGCCAGCCAUGUAGUUGGAUCUUUCUGGUAUCUAUUUUCGGUAGAAUCAGAGCUUCGGUGUUGGCAUACACAGUUGAAACAUACUAAAUUCUCUACAGAAUCCUACCUUAGCUGUGGACAAUACUACAAACACGAUGUUCUAUUACUUUUGAAUAGUACUACUUCUUGCACUUACAGUAAUCCUAAUAACAUCGAUCCAACAAUUUUCAAUUUUGGAAUCUUUGCACCAGCUUUACAGUCUCGUGUGGUAGAUUCAACCACAAAUUUUCCUCAGAAGUUCUUCUUUUGCUUUUGGUGGGGAUUGUGCAAUCUAAGUUCUCUAGGGCAAAACCUCCUGUCUAGUACUUAUAUUUGGGAGAAUGUUUUUGCUAUCUACAUUGCCAUCUUUGGAUCGGUUCUGUUCGCAUCACUUAUUGGAAACAUGGAGAAAUAUCUACAAUCUACAACUGUAAGAGUUGAGGAGAUGAGAUUUGAACAGAUGAAAAUGAAAAGGAGGGACAUAGAAUGGUGGAUGUCCUACCGUAUGCUACCUCACUGUUUGAAGGAAAGAAUUAGAAGGUAUGAACAAUUCAAAUGGCAAGAAUAUAGGGGUGUUGAUGAGGAAGCAUUAAUACUAAAUCUCCCUAAAGACCUCAGAAGGGACAUAAAGUAUCAUCUUUGCUCGGAUUUAAUUAGAAGAGUACCAACAUUUAAGAGCAUAAUAGAUAGACAGGUCUUGCAUGCUCUGUGUUAUAAACUAAAGGCAGUUCUUUAUACCAAGAAUAGCUGCAUUGUAUGUGAAGGAGAUCCUGUUGAUGAAAUACUCUUCAUUAUGCAUGGAAACCUGACUAGUGGCACAACAAAUAGUGGAAGACCUGGUUUCUUCUACUCCUCUUUGCUCAGGGCUGGUGACUUAUGUGGAGAAGAGCUCCUGACAUGGGCCUUGAAUCCUAACUCCUCCUCAAAUCUACCUAUUUCAACUAGAACAAUAGAAACCAUAUCUGAAGUUGAAGCCUUCGCCAUCAAGGCUGAGGACUUGAAGUCUGUUGCUUCCCAACUUAGACAUCUCAUAAACAGCAAACAUCUCCAGCAUACUUUCAGGUUCUAUUCCCUUCAAUGGAGAACAUGGGCAGCAUGUUUCAUACAAGCAGCUUGGCGUCGAUACCAGAAAAAGAGGGCUAAGAAGAAUAACUCUGCUAUUGAUGGAUUUCAAGAAAGACAAGUUCAAUCAGGGACAAGUCCUGCAAGUGAUGGACCAACAAAAAGUUUUGCUUCUAGGAUCAAAGUUCUUGACCCACAGGGGCCUCUAUUUCGUAAAUGGAACAAAAUUUGUGUGGUUACAUGUGUGAUGGCAAUCUUUGUGGACCCUCUUUUCUUUUAUGUCCCAGUGAUCAAUGAAGAGUUAAAAUGCCUUAGUUUGAAUAGAAACUUAAAGAUUACCGCAUGUGUUCUUCGCACAUUCUUUGAUCUUUUCUACAUUCUUCGCAUGAUAUUUCAGUUUGGAAUCAAGUUCAUUCCCCCUUCUACUAAUGUGUUUAGAACGGGUAUGCUGAUUGGCAACAUUAGUGCUAUAGUGAGGAGAUACUUAGGUUCUCAUUUCAUCAUUGACAUUCUAUCAAUUAUUCCACUUCCACAGAUGGUCACCUUAGCUAUCAUUCCAAUCCCAAAUUGCUCAGUUCCAUACAUGGCAAAGAACUUGCUGAAGUACACAAUAAUAGUUCAGUAUGUGCCAAGAGUUUUGCGACUCUCUCUGUUAUUCAAAGAAGUAACCAGAACUUAUGGCAUACUGACCUAGACAGCAUGGUCAGGAGCAGCCUUUAAUCUUUUCAUUUACAUGCUAGCAAGUCAUGGAAUUGGAGCUUUUUGGUAUCUACUUUCAGUAGAAUCAGAGGUUCGAUGUUGGCAGACACACUUGAAACAUAAUAAAUACUCCACUGCAUCCUACCUUAGCUGUGGACAACACUACAAGCAAGAUGUUCUAUCACUUUUGAACACUUCAACAUGCGCUCAUGUUGAUCCUGAUAAUAGUACAGAUUCAACAGUUUUCAAUUUCGGUAUUUUUACAACAGCUUUACAAUCACGCGUGGUUGAAUCGGUUACAGAGUUUCCUCAGAAGUUCUUCUUCUGCUUCUGGUGGGGUUUCUGCAAUCUAAGUUCUCUUGGGCAGAACCUUCAAUGCAGUACUUACAUUUGGGAGAAUAUCUUUGCUAUCUUCAUUGCCGUAUUGGGAUUGAUUCUGUUCUCAUCACUUAUAGGAAUCAUGCAGAAAUAUCUACAAUCUACAUCCCUAAGAGUCGAAGAGAUAAGAUUUGAUGAGAUGAAAUUCAAAAGAAGAGACAUAGAGCGCUGGAUGUCCCACCGCAUGCUACCAGACACUUUGAAGGAAAGAAUUAGGAGGUAUGAACAAUACAAGUGGCAACAAAAUAGGGGUGUUGAGGAGGAAGGAAUAAUUGGCAGUCUCCCUAAAGAUCUCAGAAUGGACAUAAAGCGUCAUCUCUGCUCGGAUUUACUUAGAAGAGUACCAAUCCUUGAGAUCAUGGACAGACAUCUACUGGAUGCCAUGUGUGCCAGAUUAAAGCCAGUCCUUUAUACAGAGAACAGCAGAAUUGUUUGCAAAGGAGAUCUGAUUGAUGAAAUGCUCUUUAUUAUACGCGGACAACUUGCUUGUGCCACAACAAAUGUUUUCUUCAAGGCUGGUGACUUCUGUGGAGAAGAGCUUAUUACGUGGGCCUUUUAUCCGAACUCCUCAAAUCAAUUACCCAUUUCAAGAAGAUCAAUUGAAACAAUAACAGAAGUUGAAGCUUUUGUUCUCAUGGCUGAUGACUUGAAGUUUGUUUUUUCACAAUUUCAAGACCUUAAUAAAAACAACGAAAAGAUCCGUCACUAUUACAGGUUCUUUUCCCCGCAAUGGAGGACAUGGGCUGCAUGUUUCAUACAAGCAGCUUGGCGUCAGCAUCGAAAAAAAGAAGGCAAAGAGAGCAUACAUGAAGCACAAGAGCUGCAUGCUAUUGCAAGCGAGCAAUGGUGUAGCUCCUCAGUAAGCUUUGCAUCCAAAGUACCUGUAUCUAAGUUAUCAUGCAAAGCAUUACAACCCACACGAAGUUGCAAGCGCAAGAGGAUGCCAUAGACCAAAGUGAUGUAUAUCAUAUGCUCAGGAUAAAAUCUAUUGCAUUCUUCAGAAAGAACAUUGGAGUAUUAUGGAUGAAAAGAAGAUGAUGUAAAGCCAAAAAAACUGACCUGUAUGUUAUGUUCCACACUUCCACUUGUUCAUUCACAUUCAUCUCAUUUACUUUCAACUUCAAAAUC